CUUUUAUACCUUAAUUUCCCCAACCCUAGCGGAAUCUCUGUCGUCUCCUACAGCAAAACCUUCCCGCCUCGCCGGAAACUCUUCGCCGGAGCAGCCAUGGGUCGCGUUCGUACCAAGACCGUGAAGAAGUCGUCGCGCCAAGUCAUCGAGCGGUAUUACUCGCGCAUGACGUUGGACUUCCACACCAACAAGAAGGUGCUGGAAGAGGUGGCCAUCAUCGCGUCCAAGCGCCUCCGCAACAAGAUCGCCGGGUUCUCCACCCACCUGAUGAAGCGGAUCCAGAAGGGACCCGUCCGGGGAAUCUCUCUCAAGCUUCAGGAGGAGGAGAGGGAGCGGCGUAUGGACUUCGUCCCCGACGAGUCUGCCAUCAAGGUGGACCGCAUCGAGGUCGAUCAGGAGACCAUUGACCUGCUCGCUGCAAUGGGCAUGAGCGAUCUCCCUGGGGUUGUGCUCAAGGAUGAGCAGCAGUCUGUCAUUGCCCCCGCCGCCGUCUACGGCGGCGCCCGCGGUGGCUUUGGAGGAAGACGGUACUGAAAGGAGUCGUAGACUUUUCUUCUCUUGACUUUAUUAUGUUUUUUUUGGAAGAUUUUGCAGUUUUGAUGGCUUCAGCUUGUGGGCAGUCUGAAAUUUUGUUUUACCAAUUGAUAAAUUGUUAUAGAUUCAAAGUUUUAUAUGCUUGAUUGCUAAUUUUGCUAUUUCUUUAUUGAAAGUUUCAAUCUUGGUUUUGGUUUCUUGUAAA